UUAGCGAGAGAUCUAGACUGGGGCAUCUUCUUUGUUUCUUCUCUUUCUUCUUCUCUCUCUCUCUCCCCGCUGCGCUUCUUCGCCCGAUCUCACUCUCAUCCUUUCUACUCCCUGACCGGAAAAUCCCCCCUCUCCUCGCCGCUACCGCCGCCACAGAGCGUCAAUAUUCCGUAUCACCUUUCUUUGCUCUUCCUCCGGCAAGUAAAGGUAGAAACGUCCCCACUCAUCCACACUACCGUCCAUUUUGAGGGCAACUCGAUCUUUCGAUUCUUUCUCUCACUCGCUUGGCCGGACCUCACAUACAGCUAGCAAAAACUUCGUUCCGGCCUCCUUACUGGAAAAUCGAAGGCUUGGCAUCCGUUGGGAAUUAGGUGCAGGUGGCAAGUAUCGAGAAUCUGAUUGAAAUUGCGCCAUCUCUUCUAGGCACCUAGAAAUUGCAGUUGAUAAUGGUCCACUGCUUUGCAAAACAAUGAUACAUGGAUCCUGAAGGCAAGAAGUUUGGAAGAGGACCAAGGGAACUGACUGGUGCUGUGGAUCUCAUAAGUCACUACAAAUUGUUGCCACAUCAUGAUUUUUUCUGCAAGAGAUCACUUCCUUCGUCAAUUUCAGACACACAUUAUCUCCAUGAUGUUGUUGGAGACACAGAUAUCAGAAAAGGAGAAGGGAUGCAAUUGGAUCAACUUAUUCAGAACGCAUCCUAUUCCAGAGAUACUAAUGCACGAAUACGGCCAUUUGACCUGGAUAUUCUAAGAGAAGCCUUUCAGUUAAGGGAAGCUGCUCCUGUUGAUUUGCCUCUUGCGGAGAAGGGGAUCCCCACUAUUGUAGGGAAAUCUAAAAGUGAGUCCAAGGACAAGGAGAGGAAGCAUAAAAAGUACAAAGAUAGAGGUAAGGAUAAUGAUAAAGAGCAUAAGAAGCGCAAGCAUCGGCAUAAAGACCGAAAUAAAGAUAAAGACAGGGAGAAGAAGAAGGAUAGAAGUGGGCAUCAUGACUCCAAUGCUGAUCACUCAAAGAAACACCAUGAAAAGAAAAGGAAGCAUGAUGGAGAUGAAGAUAUUAAUGACAUUCACCGACCCAAAAAAAGUAAGCAUAAGAGCUCAAAAAUUGAUGAAGUGGGUGCAAUCAAGGUGGCUGGCUGAAGAGGUGGCAUGUAAUAAUUGGAUUAUUAUUCGCAAAUGGAUGUUGUCAGAGAGUUUGGAGGUGUCUUUCACUUAACGUUGUCAAAUUUUUUGAGAGGAGCUUCUGCGUCACAAUUGUGAGGUAGAUUCACCUGGUGGACUGAUGCAAGGUAAAAAUUGCUGAAAAGGAACUCUCUUGUAUCAUAACAAUGGUCUAAUAUAAUUGGUAGUGAUGUGCAAGACUCUGAUACUUUGUUUCUCAGUUUCUAUGGCGCAUUGGGUAUAUCAGCAUGUUCACAUUAUUAUAAUCUUGCAGCUGCUUAAGUGUUUUUUUUUUUUUUUUUUAAUUCAUGAUUAGCUUGAGUUAGAUUUUCCAGGAAAGAAUAGAUUGAGAAAGGGGAUUGUGUACAUUAGUUCUAUUUUCCCUCUGUUGUAGCAAUGACUAACAUAACGUGUAGUUUUCCAAAGUGAUUGUAAGGACUAGGACUAUGUUCUCACA